CUGGGUCGUGGCGCUGAUCCAACUUGGACGGUGGAACAAAGAAACAAUGAGUUUCUGUGCGACAACUUUGAGUAUUGGAUUAUAACGUGAAUUGUUUUCUGAUACUCUGUCGCUCAAGUGUUAAUUCUAGUCUUGUUUGCUCACCAUUCGAUGACUUUUGCUAUUAUUAUAGUAGGCACAAUCAGCAUGACUUCUUAUGUGUUUCUUUUGCUAUUAUUAUAGUAGGAGGUUGCUAUUUUUUUAUUAGAACAAACAUGAAAUUGGUUGCUCUAUUAGGCAACUCAUUUUUUGUGUGCUAUUUCCUGGAGCUUCGAGUGAAGAGUAGGCUUGCAAUGCCUGCCUUUUUUGUGUGCUAUUUUUUUGUGUGCUAUUCCCUUGUUUGGGAUUUUCUCCCAAUUCCUGGGCAUCUAGUUGCCAAACUAUAAAUUGUUAUAGCCUUUUUUCUUACUGUUGAUGCAAGAUUAUAUGUUUGAGGGUCAAGUGAUGAGGAAUAAACCAUCAACAAUAUGAUGGAGCUCUUCUCCUCUGAUUCUUAGUAUUUAAGUCUCUGAUGGUACCUCAACACCCUGAUAUGUUUGUGGCUUUCUAUGCUAUCCACAUACUGAAGGAAGUCCUGCUAUCUUCACAACAAAUAUAAUUUUGCUUGAACGAGUUUACGAAAUGAACUAUCUCCACAACAAAGAUAUUUACCAUUUGUAGUUCCAAUCUAAAGUGUUCCUUGGUUUCAUUAGUGGUUCAAGUGAUGAUGAGAAACUGCAACAAUAUGACGGGAGUUACACUCCUAUGAUUCGUAGAUAAAGUCUGAUGAUUUCUUAUCUUCAAAUAACCGUUGUCUUGUGAAAUGCAAUGCUCCUCACGUUCUUGUUUUCUUACGAAUUGCUUGAUGCAAUUUCUAGGACGGGUUUCUUUGACACUGAGGGAGUAUUGUCUUAGUACUUGUAUAUCCAUCAGCUGUUACUGUGCCUUUGUGGCACAGUCUAAUCUUUGUUGACCGAUCAUAUCUGAAGCAUGAGCCAAGCACAACAUGUCUACAGUUUCAGAAUGGAAAACCAAUCAUGCUAUAAGUAUUAAGCAACUCCAUUGCAGUCUAAUUUGUUCAGAAUGGAGAUGAAAACUUUGGUUGGUUUGCAUCAUACCUUAUAGCCAUAUAUAUAUAAAGCUUCCAUUUAACGUCCAAAGAAUGCAUACCUGAUUUGAGUUAGACUCUAGUCAUGACUAUUUUAUGUAGGUGGCAACUGACAAGAGUUUCAGUCUAGCUCAUCUAAAAUUUCUCUAUAUGCAGGAGGGCGAGCUGGAGGAGCUUGAGAAGGGCGUGGAGCCUGCGUGGGAGCGCUUGGUCCACCCGCUCAAUUGCAUCGUCGACAGGCUGAACGUCGUUGACCACAUCAAGGCCGUCAAGGACUCGCCCGACCUCCGUGCCGCCGUCGAGGAUAUCCAGGAGAAGAAGGACCUGCUGUUGAUUCCCACAGGAUGCGCCCACAACCGCCCCUGGAUCGAUGUUGCUGGAAACGCCCCUGGAUCGCUACUGCUGCAUGGAGGAGAAGCAUGCGCGCCUGGGUGGAGGAGGAGCAGGGCCUGGAGCGCUUGGGCGGAGGAGCAGCGGAGGAAGAUGGGGAUGGGGAUUUGAAAUCCCCACCUGGUUGGAAGGAUUUCGCCACCUGGUAGCGAUGUAAUUUCGUGCGUUUUCACCUGGUCGGAAGGAUUUCCCCACGGUUGAAUACCUGAUUUAUACUGUCAUGAUUGUAAAGUACUUUGG